GAAUUCCAUAUUAUAAAAAAUAGAAAGUUGUCAUGGCUUCUCGUAGUUCACAACAGCCUGGCCUGUCAUCUCUUGGAUUGCAAGAUCGACUGCUUGAAGUUGCUGUAGUUGUGGGAAUGGAUGAAGAAACUGGGCUACAUGUCAGGAAUAUGAAUAGGUCCACAGAAGGCUCUGCUGAAGAAUUGUCUUUAUUUGAAACUCAUUUUCAAGGUCAUUUGCUUGACAUCUUAUCGGGACCCCAAGAUGCCACUGGAGAAAGUAGUUCUUGGAAGUUAUCGUUGAAGAUCCCAAAGAAACCAAACAAACCUGAGCCUGCUAAACAUUUAAAAAGAGCUGUGUCUGUGAGACAACUAAGAAAAAAAGCCAACAAACAUGAAGAAGUUCCCGUAUCAACAGAUUUCCUCAGUAAUAUGCCCAGUUUGUGUCUCCCAGGAGACUCAAAAGUUUAUUCAACUCAACCAAAACCAAGGAUUCAUUCUACUGUUCUGACAGAUAUUGGUGGUGAUCGACAUUAUGCUUCCAUUCUUACUUUCUACAAUCAAUACUUUGCCAUCAAGGGGAAGGAUAACACAUGGAAUCUUUCGCUGAAAGAGAAAUCACAUUCUAGUCACGCUGAAACAAAUGGAGAUGGUUCUAGCAUUGUACAAGUUUGUUAUGUUCCCUGCUGUGUGUGCUUCGUCUCUUUAAAACCAUAUUUCACUGUCUUGAAAGAUACAUUAUCUUGUUUUUAUAAAGAUUCAUCUCUGUCUGACAAUGGUUUGUUUCGAAAGAUUUUGGAAAAAUAUGUAACAAAUUUAUCUGUGGUAGUGUGUCCUCCAUCUUUUAUUAAAGUGAAAUUCAAUAUAGUUACUUUGCCUAUUGUUCUCUUGCCUCCUGAUAAUCCAGUGAAGACAGACCAGAUAGUUGACAUUGAUUUGAGAUUACCGCUCCUUAUAUUCAAAAAACAUCCCGCAACACUACUCAAUGUAUUGGAAUGCAUUAUGCAUGAACAAAGGAUUGUCUUCUUUUCUUCUGAUUAUUCAUUGCUACCUUUGGUCAUGGAAUGCUUUCGAUCAUAUAUUCGUCCAAUGGAAUGGCAUCAUCAGUACAUAUCAAUACUGUUUUCUGAAAUCAUGGGUUUUGUUGAUUGUCCCGGUAUCUUUAUGAUGGGAUGUCAUUCAAGCCAUAAAUCAGAAAUUGAAAAGAUUGAAAAUGAUCUUUUUCUGGUUGAUCUUGACAAUGCAAAAAUAUAUACAACUUCACAUUCAACUACAAAAAGUAAUGAAGAUUUAAUGGGACAAUUUGCACUUCGGAUGCCUGAAUUGGCAGCUUCGAAUCUUCUUCGAAGGCUUGGAGAAUUAGAGCUCCAUAACACUGUUUCAUCUGUUUGUGAAGUUAGUCCUGUAUCACUAGAAGAAAUGAAAGAACAGAACAUGCGUUUCCAAGCUUCGAUCAACAAAGCCAUUCAAGGAAUUUUUACAGAGUUUAUGGUCGACAUAUUUGGAUCUACUUUGCAAUACCUGGAUCACGAACAUCAACAAUUUAGAUUGAACAAAUUUUUAGAAAGUAUUCCGCACACAGACUCCCCUUUCUAUAUUAAAGUUGCAAAGUCGUACAUGUUUCGUCGAUUCGUAAAACAGAGAUUGGCUCAACGUACAGAUGAUUUCAGUUAUCUUGCUCAGUCAAGAUUGAAGAGAAGAACAGUUUCUAGAGGAACUAGAAGGGUUCGAAUGAAUACAGUAGGAUCCCCUAAUUCUAAUGAAUGGGAAUGGGAUCUCAUUGAUAAGAAUGAAAGCAUACAGAACAAAUCAAGCUUUGAUGAUCCAGAGGAUAUAUUUUCUGAUCCAAAUCUUCAAUCAGAUUAUUUCGCGGAUCAUGAUACCGGUCAGAGGUCAACUUCAAGACAAUACUCGUCAGAAACUUCUGAAAUUGAGAAUUCUUCAGCAAAUGACAUCUGUGUAACAAUACCUUGUUUCCCUGUGCAAGGAACAAAUUUCAACUCAAAGCAUUUCUAUCAACGAUGUGUUGGGAACAUCAGUAAUGUUUUGGAGAAAGUGAAUGCUGAUACCAAGAUAUCACAAUCACGUAGAUCGAGUUUACGAGCCGGUCUUCUUCUACUUCGUGGAUUUUACAGUCUUGCUGCGGAAAACCUUGUUGCUGGUUUUCGGGAUCUUCAAGCUACAGCAAAAGAAGAUGCAAGAUUUUAUCCCAACUCAACACUGAAGAAAAUUCACUCAACACUCAAUGAACAUGAGCUCAAAUUACUUCAACAAAAUGCUUUGUGCACAAAUGUUCCUUCACGUAAAGUUGCAGCUACUCGAACACAAUCUAAUAUGUCGAUCAGUAUGAGAUCGUACUUCACUGACGAUAAUGUAGCAUUGUAUCCUUUAGAAGUGGAACCAUUCACUUUCAUGCUUGAAAGGAACGAUGUAACAAACAAUGAAAAAGUUAUAUCUUUGUUAUAUGAGGCUCUUUGUGAUUGUUCAGCAUCUCAGAAAGUUGAUCAUGAAUGUUUUAAUGCUUUUUUUCAAACAUGGCAACAGUUAAAAAACGAAUGUACAAAAACUAUGAAAAAAUUGAGCACUGAGGUGCGUUUGCAACCUGAUUUGGUCACUAGGAGAAUGUCUGAUGCGUAUGGAGGUAAUGAUAAGUAUUUAUCGUUCCAUCCAGACGAAAAAAUUCUGAAAAUAUCUGGAAUCGAAUUAUCAAGUAAAGGAAAUGGAAGACUUGUUCUCACCACUAGGAGGUUAAUUUUUAUUGGUGCUGGGAACGAGGAAUGCAAGUUGGUGAUUCUGCUUAAUCAGAUUUUAUCUGUCAAAGAAGGAAAAAUGAAAAAUUUUUUGUCAAGCAGUGUAGCUGUGCACAUACAUUAUCAAAAUACCCCAUCAGAAAGUAAUGCUCCUUUUAAAAUUGGUCUAAAAUUAAAUUGUGGAAUAUGGUUGGCACUUAUUAAUGAAAUGAAGACAGGACAAAGCAUAUCAAGAGAACAACGGGAUGACAACAUUACAUUAAAUACUGCGGCACAAAAUGUAGUCGUUGCUGAUGCUUUUUAUGCUGCCACAAAUGAUGAAGAAUUUAUGAAACCAGAUAAAGCAUUGGAAUGGGUGAACAAACUCUGUAGAUUUGAAUCGCUGAGACAAAGUGGAGAACUAAAGAUGUUUAGUCUUGAAACUCAAGAAAAAGUAGUAAUGAGAAUGGAUCCAUCACCAAAGGCAAGUAAGAAGCCUGGAGUCUGCGCAAUGUCCUACUCAUCUGGAGGUAUUGAUGAAACACCUCAUGUAUGGGUUGCACUGGCUUCUGGACAAGUUCGAUCCAUCGAUACCACGAGUUGGACUCUCGAUCCUCAACCUAUCAAAGACUGGGAUGCAAACAUGAUUUGUCUGUGUGUGGUAGAAGGCAAAGAAUUAUGGAUGGGAUCAGAAGAUACAACUAUUUAUAUACUUUCCAUUUCUACAAAGAAAACAACCAGGAUUCUAAACGAUCAUAUUGCUCCUGUGAAAGCUAUCGCAAAUACGGAAAACAAUUCGGUCGCAAGUGCUUCUCUAACUGGAGAAGUUAUUAUUUGGACUCUUGAACCAACUAAGAUUCAUUAUAAGUUCAAUGCCUUCACAGAUGGAUCCAAUCUCACUUCUUUUGUUCCUUUCAAAAGUUAUCUGUGUUGCUGUUCUGCACAAUAUAUCAUCAUAUGUAACCAUGAAGGGAAACGUCUACAAAGACUUGAGCUUGGUCAAUUUUCAGCCGUUCCUCUCAACCCUAAUUUAACCUGCUGUUCGUGGGGAUAUAACGAAGACAAUGAAAUAUGGGCUGGUGAUUCAAAUGGAGCCAUUUAUUUGUGGGAUGUAUCAUCUCUUGGCUCACGGCGUACUUCUUCAUUGACGUCAUUCAGUAAAGUGAAGGAUAUAAAUGUCUUGAAACCUAAAUUAUCAGGAAUGAUGAGUGCUGGUCUUGCUAUCACUUGCAUGAAUAAUUGUAACAAAAAGCUCUGGUUAGGUAACGGAAGAGGAGAAAUCAUGAUAUAUAACACUAGUGAACAAAAACAAGAAAGUACGUUGAAAGCUCACGAUGGUCCUGUUACAUCUAUGUGCCAACUUGAAAACAGAUACAUGGUCAGUGGAUCUGGUGGCGAUGAUGGUAAAAUGGUUGUUUGGAGACAAUGAUAUCAGAGUUGAAACGCUUUUUCUAUUUGUUUUCUAAUGAAAUUUCAUUGAAAUUUAUGCUCCCUUUGUGGGGUUUUUGUGAAUAGUUCUGAUCUUAUUGAAUUGUGGUGUGAUUUUUGUUAGCAAUCUUACUUUUUUUUCAAACUUUGCACUAUCUCUUAUUCUAAUCACUGAUAUCUGACUGUAAUUGUUGCAUUUAAAUAUAUAAUAAUUUGACAGAACGUUUUUUAAAUAUGUAUGAAAUCAUGCUCUUUUAUGAGAGGCAAUCUUAAAAACAAUUUUUUUAAGCUGAAAAAAUUACAAUUUGAGUAAUUGGCACUUGUUAAAAUUUCAGUGUAGCCGAUUUAUAUCUAAAUUUCUAUAAAUAAUUAGUGAUGUUGGUUUUACUGAACAAAUUUCAUUUAUUUUCAUAUUGCAGCAAUGAAGUUACCUGUAAACUAUGUUCAUCCUAUUUUGAUGUCAAUUUGACUGAGGCUUCUAAAUCAUAGUCUCAAGUUUGCAUAUUGCAUAAUUUUACGCCUUCGAAAAUUGUAUUGAGUUAUAUGUAAUUCCCACUUUUCUUGUACUUUUUUCAUUGGUGUCUCAGUUUUUUUUAUUUGUCUUGAUUAACCGCAUGAUGAAAUGUUGCUGAUAUGUCUUAUGAGAGCUGUGUGAAAAAGUUCAUAUUUUAGUAUAUCUGAAAACUUCAUUAUUAUUUAGGCCAUCCUGAUUGUAACCUAUUAUGCACAACUAUAUUUUGGUAGAACAAUCAAUGACCCCGUUUUUAAUUUAGCCACUGGCAUAUGCCUAGAAACCUUUGUUGUAAGAUAUGCAACUUCAUAAAUUAGUCAGAUUCUUUAUUGUGUAAAUUUCCUCAUUUUUAUUCUGUGCAUUCCAUUUUUCAAAUAAAACCAGUACGACUUAUGAUUUGUUGCACAAGUACCAGUAGAACAAACAAGCUGUUUGAAGUACAUAACUUAUUCCCACUAUAAUUUAAAAAUUACUUUGUUUGAAUAUAAAAUAUUUAUAUCUUGUAUGAAUGACAAGACAUAUAGAAAACAAUUUGACAGAAUGGAUUGUUAUUAUUGACACCAUUAGUGCCUUAUGUGUGUAUUAUUAGUGCCUUAUGUGUUGUAGAAAUUUCUUCUUGCCACUGUGUUUGUGUUGUCAGUACUUCAUAGUUCCAGAAACUGCUCCUUUCGUGGUGGUCAGCUGACUGUCGUCAAAAUUUGGAAUGUAAUACAACUUUCUCAGUCGAUCAAUAUAUUUAGCAAGAUAGCUUUGAUUUUUCAUAUCUUCCAAAUUACUUUGACCUAUCCAGUAACUAUGCAGGAUCCUGCAAAUUCCCACUAUCAUUGCCGGAAUAAUUUUUGCUUUUUUUCUGUAUGAGUUUUAUGCAAUUAUUUUUGUUCAAUUCUGUAACGAUUAUAUAUAAGAUUUAGAAGUUUUCGUUGCAUUGAUUUGUUGGCAUUGACAAUGUAGUUGAUUGAUCCUGUUUUACUUCUAGCAAACUUCUUCACUGUAGUUCCGUCCUUUCUUGUUGCAAACUAAUAAAUUAAUUGAACUAUU